CCGUAUAGUUCCAUCUUUGUCCGUUCCAUGAUCCUUCGCAGUGUCAUUCGUAAGGUCGAUGUGCUUUCUUUCUCUAAUUUAUCAGAAUUUUUUUGACUUUUGUUUGUGAGGUUUUCUUGCAAGGUGUAGUGCAAUUGUUUUCAGAAUCUAGCCAAGUGUUUGUCGUUAUUUUGUGUUAAUAUCGUCAAAGUAACCUUAGCAAAAUAAUGUCCGACAAGAAAGUUGAAUAGCAUCAAACUAGCGAACUGAAGAGAGUACCAAAGACAAUUCUUAGAAAACGACUUGAACAAAUCAAAACUUUCGUGGUGCUUUAAUAAGUUUAAAGUUGCGAUUUGCCGAGACUAGUUUAAAGAGAUAAUCAGAAAUAUCUUCAAAAUACUAGCCAUUGGUGGCGCUGGUCCUCCACCAUCGAGUGGACCCUCAUUUACUCCCCAACCUCCGCCGCAGGCUAAUCCCCCAAUGCCGACUACUCAACCUUAUGGUGUGAUGCCAGGUAUUCCGGGAGGUAAUCCAUAUGUGAUUCCUGGGCAGACUCAGAUAUAUCCACAGGGUCCUCCCCCUACUUAUGAUCAAGCUUUGACUCAUCCUGCUGCUAUAGUUGGACAACACAUGUAUCCACCAGGUACAAUGUACGCUGCUGGCUAUCCAACAUACUUAGGAUAUCCAACUUACGCUCCAAUGCAGUAUUAUCCUUCUCUAGGUGCUUACUCAUAUGCCAUGCAACCUGCACAACUCAGGCCAACUAUAAUGAUACCUAACGGUUACGAUGCAGGUGCAAGAUUUGACGGAAUAGCUCAACAGGUACUUCCCCCAGCUCCACCCGGCGUUCCCCCAUCAGCAGCACAACUAGCAGCAAUGGCCGGCCAUCAGGUGGCUUUAGGACAGAAGAAAAACACCUUCUUAGCCGGGGGUUCCGACGGGGGCUACACUUUUUGGUAGAAAAAGCUCGAAAUUAAAAUAGGAAAAACGAAAUUGUUACAUUUUAUUUUGACGGACGGAUGCCCCGACAUUAAAAAAACAACAACGUCGAUAGGGGUUUUUAAAUCUAGUCCUUAGUUAAUAGGCCAGAAGUUAGUUACUCGGUUCACAAGAGGAUGCCGUAAUACCUUUAAAUCGUAACCUUAUAAUAUACAAGUUUAAAUAUAAUUUAAUUUAGAUGUAUGGUAUUGUUUCUUUUGUAAUAAAAUAAAAAGUUUGUUAAUCAUUAGUAAUCAUAAAUUAAAACUACAGGUUAGUUUUGUCACAGUAUGUAUUUAUAAUAUUUUUUGCCACAAGCAAAAUAAUGGAAAAUCACAGUUUAAUGCAAAAGCAAAAAUUGUUCUGCCUUAACGUCGAAAAAUUUUCAUAAAAGCUUCAAAAAUUGAAGUUUAGGAUUGCAAUAAUCUAAUAAUCUUUGUAUGUCUUCAACCAUUUGAGAACAUGACGUUAAUUGACAUUUGACACCAGGCACUAGCGACUUAUACUAGAACUCAAAUUGUCGUUGUCGAAAAGACGCUGUAAACAGUAAAAUAAUGUGGUUUAAACAACUGAUAUCUAAAUUGUUUAAUUUUCUAUUGUAAUUUAAAAUGAGACAGCGCGUCGGUGAUGUGACAAUACCUCCCAUUUACUUUUUCAUGAAUUUUGUAACAGAGAUUUCAAACUUUUUUUAGGGUCAUCUCCUGUUUUCAUAUGAUAUUUUUUGACUUGUUUUGUAGUAAAUUCAACUAUUUAUUUACUACAAAACAAGUCAAAACUUACAUAUGAAAACAGAAGGUGACCCUAAAAAACGUUUGAAAUCUCUCUUACAAAUUUCAUGGAAAAGCAGAUAUACUGAAUUCGCUCUACCGAGAUUCAAUUUGACACAUUCGGAAUAGGAAACAUACAACACAAAAAUUCCUACCUUACACUAUUAACUGCUAAAAUCAACUUAAUCUUUCAUUAAAAAAAGAAGAAUUAUUAGAAAUAGUGGGAGUGUCUACUAAUCUCAUAAAAUUUUGUGAAGUUUAUUAAUUUUCUCAUUUGUUAUCAAUACAUUAUAAUGGUUUAAAAAUAAAUUUAUCGCUACCUUACGCUAAUCAAUAAAUAAUUAUUGAUUAGCGUAAGGUUUAUGUUAUUUUUAUGUCUGUUUACUAUUAAUAAUAUUGGCUAUGAGCAGGUGCGUUGGUUGUGUAGUAAUUUCCAGUCACUUCUGACAACUGAAUUUCCCAAAAAAGAAAUUAUAACGUCAGUGUCAAAGUGAAUCUCGAUAGAGCGAAUUCAGUAUAGGAGGUAUUGUCACAUCACCGACGCAGCGUAAACAUAAAAUUUUGGAUGGCGUUAUGUUAUUUGAUUCUUUUUUGCUUUUGUGCUUAUUUUGAUUUCCCAACCAGUUUUGCAAAAUCAAAUGUUUUUUUUAUAAUAAACAAAAUAUACGUAUAUGUUCAUAAACAAAAAUAUAUAGUUACUCUACUUAACGUAGUUUGGUGUACCUUAACUGGCCAACUCUGAUAACAGAUAGAUAGUUUCAGAGUAGAUUGGAUAUAAACGUCACAUGUCACAUAAUACAUGACAUAUAACGUUUAUACUGUUUUAAGCUAUUUUAAAGAAACCUAUUGGUUUAAAAUUCGAUAGUACCGACAGUCGUUAGUACACAUCGAAUAAGUAACCAAACGUGAUAGGUAUUAAACAGCUACUCCUUUUUGGUAUUAUAUUAUUAUUAAAGAUAUGUUUCGAUUUUAAAAUUUGACUGUUAAACAACAAACACUGUUGGUCCUAAAAAUCGAUUGUAUCACAGCUACACAAAAUUCAGAAACUUGGUGUAAAAAAACUACACUUCAACAGUAUAAUUUCUUGUCAAUUUGAAUGAUUAAUACUAAAGGGCCAAAUAUGGCUAUUAAUCGCUUUUGUUUUGUAACCUUGACAUAUGACGUAUAAUAUAUAUAUAUAUAUAUAUAUAUAUAUAUAUAUAUAUAUAUAUAUAUAUAUAUAUAUAUAUAUAUAUAUAUAUAUAUAUAUAUGCCAUACCAAUGACGUAUGACGUAGAUAUAUUAUAUGUUAUACAUCAAGGGUACUAAACAAAAGAAAAGCGAUAAAUAGCCUUAUAUUGAAUUCCAUCAUAAUUUUCAUUGACGACGCUACAAAUGAAAACUCGAUUUUCUUCUAAAAAAGCAUAAUGUAUAGUUUAGUUGUCAGUAUAAAUUAAAAUUGAGGUUAAGUUUGUUGAACUAUAUUAUUAAUUGUUAAUAUGUUUGUUGUAAAGCUUCAUUAAAUACUAAAUUGUGUUUUAUGACUUCUGAAGAAAAUGUGAACGUAAAAUUGUCGAAGUUGAAGCCUAUUUUUAAUAAUUUUCGUCUAAUACCAACCAAACUUUGCGACGUUCUUUUGUGAAUUGAUAGUAUAUUAGCGCACUAACAACUGGCGUAUAAGUGAUUAUUUUCUCUCUUUUUUCUUAUUUAAACGAGUCAGGUAUGAAAUAAACGUGAAAGCUCCAGUUUUAUAGUUAACAUGGAAUUAACGAAAAAAAUGUUAAACAACUAUUUAGGACGUAACUACAGUAGGUAAAUACAGAAAACUCGCGUUUUAACGAAACAAAAAAAUAGUUAUUACCUCACGAUAGUUCUUUUAUGUUCAAAAUGUUAGAAAGUAUUCUCAGAUAUCCUUGUUUUUGUAUUGUAGUUACUUUUUUCUAGAGUUUAUUUUUUUAUUCAUUCAGCUGAGAACCAACGGGAAGAGUGAAUACAGUUUAAUAUUUUUUCUUAGCAAGAGCAGUACGAUUUUUGCUACCAAUAUGGUGGCAAAAUAUAAAUUGCAGUAUAACGACCUCGUAGAUUGUGAAGUUGCCAGUUGGUACACGUGCCAACUGAAUUAUUUAUAACGACAGCUUUAGUAUUAAAGGGGUGCCGGUUUUCAAUACCCCUUCAGGGAGAGUCUUGAAUUGAUGACAGUGUCUCUUUCAGCGGUUUUCACUUGCAGUAAGUUCAAUGUGUCAAAUUUUUAAUGAACUUUGAUAAGGUGCUGUAAUUCUGUCCUGUUGAAUUGGUUAAUUAAACAAAACACUUGCUAUUUUGUUAGAACUGUAAUGGAAUUUGAAAGGGCAAGAAAUAGAAUAUUAUAUGAACAUUUGAGUGAACAGCUACCGUAAAACACCACAACAACGACUUUUCACAUUUUACCGGCGUUCUUUGCGAAUUGCAACGUGGAGAAUACUCUCCGAAAAAACAUAGAUUUUGCGUAUCUGUUCGUUACGAGUCUCGAUAUUGAUAGCUCACUGCCACUUGCACCCCGCUAACGAAUUCAGUCCGUCGCGCCGGCAGGCGUGGAUUAACACUUUCUUGGAAAUUGGUCUACAGACACUGUGUAAUGAAGUUAUUUAUGUUUUGUCAGAGGCGGCGCGGUAUAUUUAUUAUUUGUGAAAUAAAAUUAUUUGGUUGGAGACUACAGUUCUCCAACAGUAUAUUAUAGUAACACUAAAGUCUUAAAAAUAACCUUAUAAUUUAUACCUAAAGUAGUACCGGCUAUCAAAGAGACUCAUUAAUAUUCAGCUCAAUGGGGUGCUAUUAUUUGAGGUGUGGAAUUUCGUAAACAAGGGAUCUAUCUGUUUUAUGACAUGAUCCCUUGUUUAUGCAAUGUUACACCUCGGAACAGUGGCACCCCGCUGAGCUGAAUAUUAAUUAGUCUCUAGAUAGCUGGUGUGAGUAUACACUUGUGUUUCUUUGUGUUAAGAAAUAAAGUUUAAAAAACUCCAAUCUUAAAUACACAGAGUACACAUUAUUACUUGGCGAAUCAGAUUGUUUCCUGUAAUGUAGUCAGAUCUAUAUUUAACUCAAGUUCGGUUUAUACUAAAUAAUACAUUAUAUAUCUAUUCUUAGCGAGGUCCCUAUUAGUUUAAUUCACGCUUUGAAAUAAUUAAGCAUAAAUCAAAAUUAUGAGAUUCUGUAAACAAUAAUUGUCUAAUUUUUGAUAUCUACAAAUCAUUAUUUUCUUCUCAACAGUUAGAGGUUUACUUGCUGUAUUAAAUCUUGAAUGUAUUAUGUAUAUCUAAAUAGCAGCUGAGAAUACUCAUACUCAUCCAAUGUCCAUUCUGUAUUCCUAACCUGAUAUAAGCUUAAAUGCAAAACAUAAAUUAACCAUUAUAAUUAUUCAUGUAGAAGUUUUUAUUAAUCAAGAUUAAAGAAAUAAAUAAAAGACUCGAUCAAUUUAUGGUACUAUAGCGAUACGCUUUAAUUACUAUUUUUGCUAAAUUUUUAAUAACUUUUCUCAAAACGAAAUAACAUUUAAUAUACAAACCAUAUGCUAACAAGGGCCGUUAAGGAAAUGUAUCCCUAAUUAGAUUGUAUAAAAUUAAUGUUUUUUUUUUUUCAAGAAAACACUAAUAGAUUCCGAGACCAGAUUGCCACGCUCUUUAUGUCAACUUCUUAAAAUACAGAAAGUUUCUCAUCUUUUAAAACGCAGAUGUUAGUAAUUUAUUACCUUUCUAGCCAUAGUGUAAAACCGCAAGCAUGAUGGCAUAAAGAGUGUUGUGGUCUGGCAGUAUCGAUACAGCAGGCGAACGAUUCAGACACACCCUCGCUAACAAACCCUUACGAGAUAAUAAACGAAGCACGCUUGUUUACCCAAAAUAAAUAUAUUACUGUUCGUUGUUACACUUAUUUUUUAAUUGAUUCCGUAACCUACCAUCGGAACAGUACCUUAGACGACCGGUUUCGAAAACUAAACUUUGCUGUUCAUCAUCAGGCCUCCGGAAAGGUUUGGAGGUCCAAUACAAGGAAUGUAGUUACAUAGAUCCACACUUGAGCAUAAUUAAGCGUUUUAGUGUGCACCUAUGUAACUACAUUCCUUGAAUCGGCAUAAUUUAAGAAACCUUUCCAGAGACCUGACAAUGAACAGCAGAGUUCAAAACCGGUCAUCCAAGGUUCAACAAAUUGAUUGUGCGUAAGCCUCUUAUUUAUUUAUUUAACCUUGUUGAAUAAACUCAAAUGGGCAACCGUUUCAUCAUUUUUUUUAAUCGUUUACGAAAAGACAGUGGAGUUAUUAUAUUUGCUGCAUAGCUGCUUAAGGAUUAAAUAUUUUACAAAGUUACAGCAAACAACAAUUUUAGUGUGGUCCCAUAGCGCAAAUCUUAAAAUGCCCCAUUUUUAUUGCAUCGAUUAAAUAAAUCGUAACAAGUCUGUUUGAACUGCAGAUAUAAUAACACUUAAUGCAGGUUUCCAUAUAUUAUGUAACUGUCAAUCAGUCAAACUGUUUGAAUGCCAGGCCUGCGAUGCUUUCGGUGGCUGGGUGGAAUAAGUGAUGUUGAUCGAUUUGCCAUAAAUGACAUUUAAUGAAUUUGUAUUCAUAAACAGCUAAUAUUUUUAAAUAUUUCAAUACAUUGUAGAUAAUAUGUUCCGAUCUGCGGAAUUGAGUAAAUGGAAUUAAUUAAAAUAAGUGUAAACAACGAACAGUAAUAUUUAUUUUAUUUUUGGUUAAAAAGUGUGCUUAUUAAUCUCCUAAGAGGGUUGUUUAUUGUUUUUAGGUAGCGAGGGUGCGUCUGAACUGCCUGCCUGCCGUGACGAUACUGCAGAGACCACAACACGGUCAUCAUGUUUGCGGUUUUACAAUAUGGCUAGAAAAGGCAAUAAAUUACUACAUCUGGCGCUUUAAAAGUUGAAACAUUUCUGUAGUUUUAAGAAACGUCUUCGAAUGCAUUUCCAAAGUGCGUUGACAUAAGGUCUGAUAAGGUAAUUAAUUUAUAGGGAAUUCAGUUUGUUAAACUGAACACACCAAAAACAUAUGGUUAGUGAUACAUUUAGUUUCGUAAAACUUCUUAGCAUCUGGUUUGUAUAUUAAAUGUGAAUUUUAUAUGACCGUUUUGAGAAAAGUUAUUAAAAAAUAAAAUUAGCAAAAAUAGUAAUUAAAGCGAGUCGCCACAUAUACAGUCGGAAAAAUGAAAGAAUACCCAUGAACGAACAUAUAAAACACGCUGUAUUUUUCUGUCACCGUGUCACAAAGAAAAUUGUCCAGUGCAAGUAUAUGUAACAAUAAUUAUUACAUGUACUUGCGCUGGCCACUUUUUUGUGUGACACGGUGACAGGAAAAUACAGCGUGUUCGUUCAUGGGUAUUCUUUCAUUUUUCCUACUGUAUAUCAUAUCUCUUCAAUAAUUUCAGAAGAAUAGAUCUCACAAAUAUGUUACAGGGAUCGCAAGAAACGUAUGAUCAAAUAAGAAUUGCUUGUAUAAAUAAAGAAGGAAUCAUUGGGAGAGCCACUUAAAGCACCUUUACAUAACUAAAAUAACUUAUUUGUUUUUGUUACUGACUAAAUUCGGUAUGUUUUCUGUUCUUUUUUAUAUAAAUUAUAGAUAACAAUAAGGCUCGCUAAUAACUAUUUUUUGUUUCUUAUUAUCGCAACUAAUGACUAUUGUAAAUCUCAAAUAAACAGCUUACGGAACUUAUUUCCAACAUUGAUAAACAUUUACUCUUCCUUGUUUUUCUCAAUCUAACUCUUUUCAAUUAUUAGUUGAAAAGGCACUGUCUUCGAUUAUUUCGUUUAAUUCUUUUGUUGAAACCGUUUACUGAAAUAAAAGUGUUACCAAUAUAAUUAAAGUUGGUAAAUUCAAUACUUGAAGAUCAAAAAUGUUUGUCGUAUUUGUGCCUCUCAACUACUUUUCAAAAAUUUAUGCUACAGUUUUUAUGAAUUCUGUGAAAAUCAGUCAGAUAUGACUAUUAAAAAUAGUUGAAUAGAUUCAGUUUGAAUACGUAAGUCAUUGUUUUCUUCAUAUUUAAAUCGGUUUCUUUGAACACUUCGUAAUGAAGUAAAGAACAUGUUUGUACCGUGAGUAUGAGACGAUACAAGGGAUUUGUCAACAUUAGGCACGUGGUUACUGAAACUUUAACAACACACGAAAGGGAAGUGUUAACUGAUUCUCAUUUGUGAUUGUAGCUGUCACUUAUGAACUAGCGCUCAAAAUUAAUAAACAGAACAGAAAUGUAUUUCUUAUAAUGCCAGUAUUUACCGCCAACAACAAACGAACAGACUUCAGAAAGUUACAAAACAGCAAAUCAUUGAUAACUGGCCAAAAACCUGAGAUAAAGCGGAUUAUAACGCCAGCAAAAGAAAAGAAGGAAGUGUAGUAAUUCUCAUUUGUUACUACUUACUGUAAAAAUAAGUUAGUUGCUUAUCCAGCUUUGAUGGAUAGGAACAGCUAUCCAAAGAAACGAGUAAGACUCAUAAUAAGAGACAGAAUAAUUACAUUUAUCAUUAAUCGCACAAAUAUCUCCACAACUUUGUCAUCACCAAAACCGUGCCAUAAUGCUGUUUUUAACAACCUGAACAAAUUGCAGUCUUGAGAAGAUAAAUCUGAACUACAACAAGAGGAUUCACAAUAUUUUUUGAAAAUAUGUGGCAAAAUUGGUUGAAAAGUGGCAUGCAUUACCCACAGCACAAUCAAGAUAUAUUUGAAAAUUGAUGUCAAAACAAGAAAUUUUUAAAUGAGACUCGUAGAAAAAUAGGCAUUGAAAUGCAGAAGCCGUUUUUAGAGCAUUAUAAGUUGAGUAGAAUGUCCUAUACAAUAAGUAUUUGUAGUUUUAGCUUAUAUUUAUUGUCUCCUUCAUGCGCAGAUUAAUGCUGUGUUUAACAACCUGAGCAAAUUUCAGUAAUGAAAAGAUAAAUCUGAUCUACAACAAGGGGAUUCACAAUAUUUUUUGAUAUGUGGCAAAAUUGGCUGAAAAGUGACAUGCAUUACCCACAGCACAAUCAAGAUAUAUUUGAAAAUUUAUGUCAAAACAAGAAAUUUUUAAAUGAGAAUCGUAGAAAAAAUAGGCAUUGAAAUGCAGAACCCGUUUUUAGAGCAUUGUAAGUUGAGUAGAAAGUCCUAUACAAUAAGUAUUUCUAAAUUUAGCUUAUAUUUACUCUCUUUCAUGCGCAGAUUUACCCGCAGAUUAAUGCUGUGUUUAACAACCUGAGCAAAUUUCAGUAAUGAAAAGAUAAAUCUGAACUAUAGGAAGGGGAAUACACUCCACUUAUCAAGGAAAGGUAUCUGAGUUAAAAAGUAUCUUGAAAGACAAUGAACUUUUUUUAGUAUUCAGUCCAAAAUUUAAGUACUAAGUAUACAAUAGACUAGUACCAUUUUCUACAAACUCACAAAAACUGUAGCAUAAAUUGUUAACGUUCUUUGCCUGUUUUUAUUAUCUCUUGUAGACGUUUCUUUCACCAUAGGUUGUGUGAAUGUUAAUUUAUAAAAUACAUAAUCAUAAGUUUACCCAAAAACAAUGUCAGAGAGUUUAGAAAAAAGUUGAUUCUAGUGCAAUAAAAGAAAAUUGAAUGUACAUAACCUCGUCAUUGUAUUGUUUUUCAAAAAUCAUUUUAAUUUCAAUAGCUAUUUAAUUUACAAAGGUACAUGAUGAUUUGGUGUAGUACUGUCAUAGUUGGUAUUUUGGUGGUUCAUAUAUUUAAUUGAUUGUCAUCAUCAACAUAAGAAUUGUGUAACGGAAUAUGCUAUACAUACCUUUAAAUCACUUUUCAGUUGACUUAAAAUGCCUUGGCUUAUUAUAAAUGAUAUUCACCCAUUUUUCUUUCAGAAUGUGAUAAUCAAAAAGUAUGCUAUACUUAUGUGAAUAACGUAAAUUCGUAAAUGAUUCGUCAACGUAAAAUUCUCCUGAAUUUUUUGUUAAUGUAUCUAGUAAUUUUUGGGCGUAAUACAUUUUCACGCUUGUGGUACAAUAUUUUGCUUUUAAACAUUAUUUUCAAUUUUAUUUCACGUACGCGUAAUUAGAACAUCAUUUCUAAGGUAUUCUGAAAAAUAUGCGUAUUCUGAAAAAUAUGCAUUGCUGUAUACUAAUCAGUUAAAUGUGUGGUGAUACAUCGGAUCAUCAUGUGUAGUACUAGUAGGCAAUAAACUCGUAGAAAAAAAAUCUUUGGUAUACAGAACGUACACUUAUAGUACAAAGUAGUUUCUUUAUUUAUCCAACUUUGUAAUUAUUUCUCUGUCAUCAUGUAUGUGUAAAUUCAUUAAGUUGCAUUGUCUCUAGAAAAGAAGAAAAAAUUCGCCCGACUGGUAAUUUUGCAUAUUAGUGGUAAAUGCAUUAGUUUUCAUAAAACUCAAAGUUAGAUCCAUUCACACAUAUUUUCGCAGUUUUUGGAUCCAAACGUAGAAAAACUCUGUAAAGAUAAUCAUCGCAUAGUUUUUAUAAUAAAAUCCAAAACGUUAGAAAAUGUUUUUGUGGAGAGGAUUGAAACUUUUGUCUGUAGAAACAGCAAGAGUCCUGCAAAGGAUUUAAUUUAAUCUGUUUAUUCUCGAUUUGCCUUUUGCAUUCUUUUAUAGUAAUCUGAUUUGUUGUUUACAAGUUUUAAAAAAUUUCAAGUUUGACAUUUUCGAUAUUUUUUCUUUUAAAUUAGUGAUUUAUCAAAAAAAAUUACACGAAAUUUUAUCAAUUUAUUAGUUUCCUUGAAAUAUAACAGAUUUAUAUUGCCAUUUCUUGACGUAUAUUGUUGUUUCUGAUCAGACUUCUUACUUAAAUGCCUUUAAUAAUUUAACAAAAAUCUAUACAAGUCAGGUAUUACAUAGUUUUACACAAAAUUCGUAAAACUUCAUUUUCGUCUAAUAUAUAUUUCUUAUUUAACCAACAUUUUUUGAAAUCUGAUGACCAGUACAUCUUUGGUAAUGGACCGUGAUAGUGUGACGUCAGAACGUCAAAAAGGUUUCUAAACAAAGCGAACGUUUGACGUCUGUCAAUUGAUUAUACACGUGGUUUGUGUAAUCAUUUUUAAUUUUAUUUUGUUUUAAAAAUCAUCUGCACAUUUUGUAUAAAGACACAAUCCUUGUUAGUAAUAUCAAUCAUAUUGCUUUUAAUUUUAUAAAUGUCCCUACACCAAAUCAAGGAAGUUACACACUACAUAGUACUUACUGCGUUUUUUCAAGAUCUUAACCAGUCCUACUUCGAAAUAUGGUGGGAAAUAUACUAUGAGCAUUGAUUACAAUCGGUACCCAACACAUUACCAUUUUAUACAAAUUAAAUAUCCUACAAGCAAUAUAUUCCAAUUAUAAAAACGAAAAUAAAAAUUGGCAAACACCACGUGUGAAUUUUUGACAGAUUUUUGUUUUGUUUGGAAACCUUUCCAGAGUAGCCAACAUUGAUUUGACGUCACGACUGUCAACGGUCACAUCGUUGCAAAACAUAUUUUCCAAUCUCAGAAUGUGUAAGUAUGACAGCAAAUGCCAAAUUUAAUUAAUCCAAGCGAUUAGAUAAUACAUUUUGUGCAUUACCACAUUGAGGAUAACGGAUAACUUAUUAGAUAAUAUAUUAAAAUGUCUAAUUAACUUACUGAAUGAUGGGACUAAAUAGAAAUUCUUCAUAUCUUCGUUUAAUUUAGGAUCUCAAAUAUUUCUGCAGAUAAAUUUGAUGCACAACUGUGAAUGUGAGUGCAAGAUAAGACAACCAAUAUAACGCAUUAAAAUUAAGAUCUUGCAAUUACUUUUGACACUGUUUACAUUAGGUCCAGCUCCCACGACGUAACUGUUUUAAAAUACGGUUGAAAACCAGUUUCAGGCGGAUUGCCUUGUAGGCGGAUCACCGUGGUUUUCGCUGUAGAAAUGACAAAAAAAAAAUUGCGAGUGCAAUGGGUUUCAGUGGGUGCUGAACCAAAGUCUAAGGUGUCAAAAUUUUCAAAAUCACAGAUUUCAUGAUUCCAAAAUUGUUUAUUUAAAAGGCAUUUAAGUGGAAAUGCAUUUCGUAAUAAUUGGAAAUAAACAGAUCAUCAUACUUGUCAUUUGUCACUAAGUUAUAGCGCUAUAUAGAAAAUAUUCAAAUUAUUUGGGAAAAUUAGUUUAAUUACAUAGGAAACAUAAGUGAUGAUAAGAGUGUAGAAUGCCUUAUUAAUAUUAUUAGACAAGACCUAUUAACAUUUUGGUGUACUGAAUAAUUUGAAUGUUUUUAAGUCAAUAGCAAGUGCAGCUUUCGAAAAAUUGCUAGUCAAUCACAGAAAUUUUUUAAUUGUCCUAUCCUUUAGCAAGUUUAUGAUCUUUACAAUACUUCGUAAUAAAUUGCUUGGUAUUUUUUAUAUAAUUUCGACUAACGACAACAAAAGAAAUUGAUGUUUACUAAUUUUCAUAUUAUUCGAGCCCCCUGGCUUUAACGGUGAAGCAUACUUCCAGUAUGCAGUGAAUUGUAGUAUGCAUUCAUCAGGUAGAUAUUGAGGCGCCUAUUGGUUGCCUCUGUCUACCUGUAAAAAUGCUAGACACACUGUGGAUGGUCUCAAUCCAUUUUUCCAGUAAUUUUAUUAUUUGUAUUGAAAAGAAAUAGACGUUGGAGAUAGGAACGGAUUAACGAUUUCUAAAAUAAACGUAUAGAAUACAAUCAAGAAUAGACAAUUGAUCUAUUUGAGACAUUUCUCAAAUGAACACCAAACUAAAAUUUUAUUGUUACUUGCCGCAGUUUUGUUGUACUGAUAUUUAUGUUGUUGUAUUUGAAAAAACUUUUACAAUGAAAAUAUUAUUGUGAGACUGUGGAGAUCUAUUGUGAAAUAUAUUAUGACAAAAA